GUGAGUUCAAUCGAUUAUCUUUUUUAGAUUGAUAGCCAUGAGACUGGUUAUCAAAGAUACUUCUGACGAUGUCUCGUUGUGGUCAGCACUGUAUGUGAAAGCUAGAAUUUUGGAAGCCAAACCUGACCACAGAAAAUACUUUGUUUUGGGACUACCAACUGGUGGUACUCCCAAAGGCAUGUACCUGGAACUUGUCAAGAUGUGCAAGGCUGGGGAACUUAGUUUCAAGUAUGUAAAAACGUUCAACAUGGACGAGUAUGUCGGUUUGGACAGAGAUCACCCAGAAAGUUACCAUUCCUUCAUGUGGGAAAAUCUUUUCAAGCACAUCGACAUUCAUCCUGACAAUGUCAAUAUUCUGGAUGGCAAUGCUGAAAAUUUAGUCGAAGAAUGUAAUGGUUUUGAAAAAAAGAUUGUUGAAGCCGGUGGAAUUGAUUUGUUCAUUGGUGGGAUUGGUCCUGAUGGACACAUUGCCUUUAAUGAGCCUGGCUCUAGUCUUGUUUCAAAAACACGUGUCAAAACCCUGAAUAAGGAGACCAUAGUCGCAAACUCCCGGUUUUUUGGUGGCAGAGAAUGUGACGUCCCAACCCAGGCUUUAACAGUGGGUGUACAAACUAUUCUUGAUGCUAGAGAAGUGAUGAUCCUCAUCACAGGUUCUCAUAAAGCUCUGGCUCUGCACUAUGCGAUAGAAGAGGGCAUUAACCACAUGUGGACCGUAACUGCUCUGCAACAACACCCAAAGGCUGUAUUUGUGUGCGAUGAGGAUGCCACUCUAGAGUUGAAAGUGAAAACUGUGAAGUACUUCAAGGAUCUGAUGACAUUGCACGACAAAUCUAUAACACCUAAUCUAGGUUAACUGUAGUUGACAUUUAAGUGGGAAAAUAAACCUUGACCAACCAUUUGCAUUGCAUAGUAGGAUAUUAGAUAGAUUUUUAUUAUAUCUUUAAUUGUUAGGCCAUGGACUUGGGAUUGCAUGUUUUUUUGUUGGUUGACUUUUCCUAACCAACAGAAGAAAAAAAUUUACCCAAUACCCAUAUUAUUAAUUGGAACAUUAAUUCGUGUUUGAUGUGACCAAACAUUACAUAGUUAGAUAUUAGAUAGAUUUUUAUUAUAUUUCUAAUUGAUAGGCCAUGGACUUGGGAUUGCAUGUUUUUUGAUGGUUGACUUUUUCUGACCAACAAAAGUUUUUUUUAAAUUUUUAGAUUUUGUGAAUUUAUCUUUAUCGUUCCUGUGUCAAUUAAUUUAUUAUUACAUCACACUCAAUUAUUCGAGUUCAAAUUACUUUAGUAUGUAGAAUUUUCCGACUUAAGGAAUUAUUAUGUUAUUUUUUAAACUAAAUUUUUAUACAUCA